AACCUAGUCAAUUCUGUUAUGGUCAUAGACACAGAGCAGAUUUAUGACAAUUAUAGAUCGGUGGUGGGGAUGUGAAGAUGCCUCUCAGCAUGAGAUUUCUGUCGCACAUGCACGAACCAACACAUGAACGGGCUACUAUGUGGCCUUGUGUUGCUCUCUCUCUCUCUCUAUCUCUUUUGCUCGGGUCGAUGGUGUGGCUCACACGAAGUAUCGGGGGAGGACAAUCUUCAUGUUAUUUGCAAAAUAACUCGAGGACAAUCCGAAUUCAUCGAGAUUAAUAAUAAACAUCUGAUAGAAGAGAUAAACAGUUGAUCCUAGCCUGAUUGGCAGCUGUUCCAAUUCAUAUGAAUCAAUGAUCCUGUCGACUUGUUGGUUAUAAUAUAUUGCACAAGAGCUUUAAGGAUUUAUUUGGAAUCAAUUGUACGAUAUACGUUGAUAAUUUUAGCAUUCAUUUGAUAAGGACAAAUAUACGAUUUUAAAGCGAUGCCAGAGACUGCCUGCGAAGAUCUGACCACCUUGAAACGGAGUCAUGUUUUCAUGAGGGAUCCCGACAAUGUGAAGAGAAUCAUUGGGAAAAUCAGGAGGGAUGGACCUGACAAACUCCAGAUCAUCAGUGACUUUGAUCAGACUAUUACCAAACAACAUGUCGAUGGAAAAUGCUUGCGCAGCAGUUUUGGAAUUUUUUACAAAUGUAAACAAAUACCCUCGGAAACGAAAGCGAUGUCCACGUCCCUCUACCACAAGUAUCAGCCGAUGGAGGUGGAUCCCCACCUCGACGAGAAGGCAAAGAUCAAAGCAAUGGAGGAUUGGAUGAUCGAGACUCAGAAUUUACUCAAGAACAUUGAGUUUGACACGGCUGAACUCGACGACGUGGUCCAGAUUCACGGCUCCUCCUUGAGGGACGGGACGCGGCAGCUCCUUGAGAGGCUACAAGCUGCCAAUGUACCAGUGCUGGUGUUCAGUGCUGGCCUCGGUGAUGUGGUUGAACAAGUCUUGAGGCAUCACAAUGUCUACCUGGAUAACGUCAAGAUCAUCUCGAAUUUCCUCAAGUUCAGGGACAGUAAACUUGACGGGUUUAAGAACGACGUGCUCAUUCACGUGUUCAAUAAAAAUGAGAAGGCCGUUGAUACGGAGUAUUUCGGGGUUCUGGAGGGGAGGAACAACGUUAUCCUCAUGGGGGACAUAACCGGGGACGCCACGAUGGCGGAUGGUGUCAACGAUUGCCAAGCUAUUCUCAAAAUCGGGUUUUUAUACGGAAAUGUGGAACAGCGUCUUCCAUCCCACAUGGAGGCCUUCGACAUAGUCCUAGUUGACGACCAGACAAUGGACGUCGUCAACGAAAUUUUAAACGAAAUGUUUUGACAAUUUUUAAGACACAUUGAACAUGAAGAGGAUCAUUGAACCUUCCGAUACAUAGGGAGUAGUGGAGGGGAGGGGGGCAUAAAUCAACGAUUGGAUUAGGUCAUACUUUUAUCGACAUCUUUUGAAAUGUAAUUUAUUUCCUCGCCGUUGUCGAUCUUCUUACAACGAAUGAUAUCGAUAUAUAUUUUGUAUUUUUUUUCUGGAUACUUUAAGAGUACUUUUUUGGCAUCUGUUGAGAGAAAAUAAAAUAAAUUGAGGAGAUGGAAAGAGA